GCGGAGGUGGGCGGUGUCAUCCAGGGGAAAAAAACGGAAGUGUGAUUGUUUUGGUCAAACUACGUGAGCACAGGAGGAAUGGAGGCGAAGCCAGAAAGUCACAAGCUGAUCUUUGAGAAGGAGGGUGUUUACCUCCACACCAAUGCCAAAAGAAGCAAUCAGGACACAACCAUCCCUGGCUUCAUCCGGAUAGUUGAGCGGGAUGGAGAGCCGGCAAUGGAGUGGAGCCCUGUUGAGGAGGAUGUGAGAAAUGCUCCUGCUGUCUUCUACACCAAAAAGGAUGGGGAAGGAGGGGAAGAGGAAACUAAGUUUGACCCAGGCUAUGAGCCAGACUGGGCCGUCAUUAGUACAGUCAAGCAGGAAAGACGGCAAGAGCACCCACCAGUCAGAGAAAAAGGUCAGUGGGGCUCCUUUUCCCUGCCCCUUUCAGAGCUGUACUCUCUUCGGAGGGCUCGCUUCUCUUUGGGCAGGAACUUCUUGGUGCUGACCACCAGAGGGGGCGAUCCUCUCCCUCCCCUGCACUUCCAACGAGGGGGUGCUAGAGAGCUGCUAAAAGCCAUGCAGCGUUACAUCAGGCUGGCCCCGUCUCCCAUGGAUGGUAGGCUCUUCCUGGCAUACCCGCAUGAUUCUGGGGCCCUAUCACAGUCGUUUGAUGAGCUGCACCUCUUUGAUGAUACCAGUGCAGAUCUUGUGUCUAGGUUCAUUCAAGACCCUUACGCGACUACGUUCGGGGGCUUCUCCAAAGUGACGAACUUCUUCCGAGGAGCACUUCCACAUACACAUCAAGAGUCGCCCCUCAGUAACCGCUCCCCUCAGGAUGCCCAUUGCCCACACCCAGCUGAUGAGGAGCCAGGCUUUGAGCUCAUUACCUGUGGGGCAGAGCUCGGCCCCAGACCGCAGGUCAAAAGAGGAAAGCCUUUGGAUAACUGGGAUCAGUUUUUGGAUCCAGAGGGCCGUGUCAUUGAUCCACAGAAGGUCAAGGAGCUGGUGUUUAGAGGGGGCAUUGUUCCAUCUCUGCGGAGGGAGGUGUGGAAGUUCUUACUGGGGUUCUACCCGUGGAACAGCACAACCAAAGAGAGAGAGGACAUCCUUCGGGUGAAAACGGACGAGUAUUUCAGGAUGAAGGUUCAGUGGAAAUCAGUUAGUGAAGAGCAGGAGAUGAGGAACUCUCUCUUUCGAGGAUACCGUAGCCUCAUAGAACGGGAUGUGAAUCGAACAGACAGGCACAAUUCCUUCUUUUCUGGGAAUGAGAACCCAGGACUUGCACUGCUCCAUGAUGUACUGAUGACGUACUGCAUGUAUAACUUCGAUCUGGGUUAUGUCCAGGGGAUGAGUGAUCUUCUGUCUCCUCUCCUCUUUGUUACCCAGAAUGAGGUGGAGUCUUUCUGGUGUUUGACAGGCUUUAUGGAUUUAGUGCACCAAAACUUUGAAGAGUCUCAAGAGGCCAUGAAACAGCAGUUGCUUCAGCUCAGCGUCCUACUAAGAGCACUUGAUCCAGAGCUGUGUGACUACCUGGACUCUCAGGACAGUGGUUCACUUUGUUUCUGUUUCCGUUGGUUACUGAUUUGGUUUAAGAGAGAAUUCUCUUUUGAAGACAUCUUGAGUCUGUGGGAGGUUCUGUGGACCCGCCUGCCUUGUGAAAACUUCCACUUACUUAUGGCCAGCUCCAUUCUUGAGUCACAGAAAGAGGAGCUGAUUGGUUCAAAUCAUGAUUUUAACUCUAUACUGAAGCACAUUAAUGAGCUGACCAUGAAGCUGGAUCUGCAGUCAAUACUCUGUGGAGCAGAGGCUAUUUAUUUGCAGCUGACACACUGCAAGGAGCUGCCUUUGAAAGUGCAGGAAGUUCUUGGGUUGCGUGUCCCGUGCAGCUCAUCAGACGAGAGUCCAAACUCAGAGCCCAAAGAGACAGACACCCUUCUCACUCAGUCAGAGGCCAGAGGAGCUUCAUCCUGCCAGCCGUUUAAUGGGCAGACACCACAGCGCACCCCUCCUACAUACCCCUAAUUCCAGAAGGUGAUUGGCAGAAGAGGAACAGAUGAUUUUAAUUUAACUAUAAUGAUGAAUAAUCCCCCCAAAAAUAAUGAUUAACUUGUUUAUAAAAUAUGGGGAAUGUAAUUCAGAGAUUGAAAUCUAGAUCAGCAGGAACCUAAUAAAAAUGAGAUCAGCUGACUAUUUUAUAUUGUACUUUCCUAAGAAGGGCCGAGUAUUUUCCACAUGCUGUUUAAACUGUUAAGUUAAUGACUGGGCAUUGCAGACAGAGUUUCUGAAGAGAGGGAACACUUACAUCCUGUGAUGCUUAUAGUGUGAGCAUUAUAGUCGCAGCUCAUAUUUUAUCUGUUAAUAUUUUAUUCUUUUAUAAGCAUUAGAUAUAAUUGUUUCAUCCACUUGUAACAAAGUUCGUAGUUAUGUGAAGAGGCAAGCGGGAACUGGCGAACAUAUAAACAAAACUUUAGUUAUCAAAUAAACAAACACAAAACAAAAAUAAAGCGGCAGCCCCUCACAGACGACUGCCGAAUAAAACACAAUAAAUCAACAACAUAAAAUGUUCUAGUCCUGGUCCUCUCUGGUCCUUCAUUACCUUUGUGGGACUCUUAUCACUCAUGUCACCGGCCUCGCUCUGUUCCCACGGCUCUCGGCCCUGCCACACCCGUCACAUUACUAUACUCGCAGUACCCAAAACCAUGUUAUUCAUUAUGUAUUGUAUGAUGAUGUAUAUUUGUUCUGUUAUCUCUGUCUUUGUUUGUGUUGCCUGUCUCUCCCUCACUUACUUUUCCCUCUCUUUACUGGCAUACUCAGAAAAUAAUGGUGUGCACUACCAUUUUGCAUGCAAUGUAGCAAGAGCUACUUCAUAUUUCUUCUUUUGUUCAUUUUUAACAUGAAGCUUUUUCAUAUGGCUAAAGAAUAAAGCAUUGGAAUUUAGUCCCUGA